AUGAAACCUACAGACGAAAUCGGUAAAGCUUAUGUUGAAUUCCUUCGAGUCAAUUUAGAACAAAUGCGUCAGAAAGUUUCUGAUGAAUUGUAUAUUCUUUCAGUUAUGGAAACAUGGUAUAUGACACAGACAAGAAUGAUCAAUGAUUGGUUGAUUGAACGUAAAGGGAAUGCAUUAAGUCCAUAUCAAUUCACUUGUCUUUCUACAAUUAUUAAAAAAAUGUAUUCAGAUUUUGAACUACAAGGUAUCAGUCCUGAUGCGUUGGAUACAAUGGCGUAUAAAACAAUUAUGCAACGACUUCAGAUGGAAGAAACUGCUCAAGCUGUUAGACCUGACUUAGGAAGUAGUCCAACACGAUCAAUACUCGGUACAAUAACAGGCAGUCUAAGUGGUAUUCCUAAGCCUGGAUUCUUUAGUAAAAUGUAA